AUGAAGGCGUCGCUCAUCUCAGCUGUUGCCCUGGUUCCUGCGGCUCUGGGCGCGACUGUUCCUAGAUCUGCGAAGGUCGACUAUACUGGCUUCAAGGGUCUUCGCAUCACUCUCCCCGAGGGCUCCGAGAACUUGGCCGACCAGAUUAACGAGUUAGCUGCGACGAUAUUGAACCCCGGCGCCAAGGAACAGCUCGACGUCGUCGUAUCUCCCGACAAUGUCGACGCCAUCAGCCAGCUGGCUGUGAACACCACGAUUCUCCUCGAGGACGUCGGUGCUGCUUUUGCGGAUGAAGAUAUGGCAACGGUUUAUGCUGUCCCCAGCGAAACCUGGUUCACUUCUUAUCACAGCUAUGCCGACCACUUGACUUUCUUGAGAGACCUCCAGAGCAGCUUUCCUGGCCAAUCUGAAAUCACUACCGCGGGCUCAUCUUUCCAAGGCCGAGCGCUCACCGGCAUUCAUAUCUUGGGAAGCGGCGGCAAAGGGUCCAAGCCGGCUGUUGUUCUCCACGGCACCGUUCACGCUCGCGAGUGGAUUAGCACGAUGACUACAGAGUAUGUGGCUUGGCAACUUUUGACAAAGUACACAACAGACUCUGCCAUCAAGGCCGUGGUUGAUAAGUUUGACUGGUACAUCACUCCUGUGGUGAACCCAGAUGGCUUUGUUUACACUCAGUCCACUGACCGUCUCUGGCGCAAAAAUCGCCAGACCAACACCGGCAGUUCCUGCAUCGGCCGCGACCCCAACCGUAACUGGCCGUAUAAGUGGGAGCUGACCGGAGGUGCUUCGACAAGCCCCUGCGCCGAGACUUACAAAGGGGCUGCCGCCGCCGAUACCCCAGAAAUCAAGGGUCUUAAGGCGCAGAUCGACUCUUUGUCUGCUAGCAGGGGUAUCACACUCUACCUCGAUGUCCACUCCUACGGACAGUACAUCCUUUGGCCUUAUGGAUAUGAUUGCAACUACGUCGCUCCCGAUGACGCUGCGCUACAAAGCAUGGCUCAGCGCGGUGCGACCGCUAUCCGUGGCGUUUCCGGCACCAGCUACACUAUCGGCAAUGCUUGCCGUGCUCUGUACGCGACCACAGGCGAUAGUACCGACUACGUUCACGGCGUUGGCAAGUCCAAGUACACGUACACCAUUGAGCUGAGAGACAGAGGAACCUACGGCUUUUCACUUCCGGCAAGUCAGAUCUCGGCUACUGUGAAGGAGACCUGGGCUGGAGUUCUUGCCAUGGCCCAAGCUGCAUGA